CGCGGCGCGGCGCGGCGGCGGGCGCGCGGGCGGUCAGUCAGUCCGUGAGGAGCGGCGCGAACAUGAACUGCCUGACCGUGCCCGGCGUGCACCCCGGAUCCCCCAGCCGCCCGCGCGGGCAGAUCCAGGUGAUCUUCGGCCCCAUGUUCUCUGGGAAGAGCACAGAGCUCAUGAGGCGGGUGCGGCGCUUCCAGCUCGCUCAGUACCGGUGUCUGCUGGUGAAGUACGCCAAGGACACGCGCUACUGCACCGCCGGUGUCUCCACGCAUGACAGGAACACCAUGGAGGCCCGCCCUGCCUGCGUCCUCAAGGAUGUGUACCAGGAGGCGCUGGGCUCCGCGGUCAUUGGCAUUGACGAGGGGCAGUUUUUCCCAGACAUUGUGGAGUUCUGUGAGAUGAUGGCCAACGCUGGGAAAACAGUCAUUGUUGCUGCUCUUGAUGGGACUUUCCAGAGAAAGGCUUUUGGGAGCAUCCUGAACCUGGUCCCGCUGGCUGAGAGCGUGGUGAAGCUGAACGCUGUGUGCAUGGAGUGCUACCGAGAGGCCUCCUACACAAAGAGGCUGGGAGCUGAGAGGGAGGUUGAAGUGAUCGGAGGAGCAGACAAAUACCACUCUGUCUGCCGAGCUUGCUACUUCCAGAAACGGCCUCAGCAGCUUGGGUCGGAAAAUAAGGAGAAUGUGCCCAUGGGGGUGAAGCAGCUGGAUAUGCCAGCCUCACGGAAGAUCUUUGCUUCUUGAUUGCUGCGCUCCAGUGUGGAGGUGGAGGGGAACAUGAGGAAAGAAGCUAACUGUUGCAGCUCCUGGACUUCAGAUCUGGCUUCCCCCACUUUUAGCAAAACUGUUAAAUGCUAUAGCUCUACCUGCCAAACCAAGCUGCUUGUUCCUCUACUCCAAGUGCCAGGAAAGAGGGCAAUCAGCCGGACCUAACGCCAGGAGGAGCUGAAAACAUGAGUCUGACUAAAAGGGAGUUCCUUUCCCAGAACAUGGGAGAGAGGUUUAAUCGCUGAUGCUGCCAUACAAACAGGUGCUGGCAAGCUGCUGCACCAAGCCAGGCUGUGGGGCACCAACAACUUGCCAUAGUUCUUCUGGUCUGCUCUCCUGCUGCUGGUACGUGUUCAGACUUGCCACUGGUAGCACAGUCACUCGCCUGCAAAUGGCCAUUUCUCUCUCAUGUGCUGUUGUUAAAUUCUGGGCUUCUUACGACAGUGUGCAGUAACUUGGCUUCCAAAAGCCACUUCCUUUUUAAUAUAGCCUGAGGAGAUGCCCCUUCCUUUGCUAUAGAACAGUGGCACAACUUCAACUGACACAUAGCAGCAGCCUGGCCUUCUGUAGUCUCUUAACAAUUGCGUGUAGCUAAUUAGCUUGCUGUUAAAUUUGAUGUAAAUAUUUUUGGUUUGUUUGUUUGUGUUUGUUUUUAAAUGGAGGAGGGGAAAAGGAAAGCUUGACUUGUCAGCCUGGCUCCUAGGCUCAUUCUAGCCUUUGAAAUUAAGAAGGAUUUUCUGCACAAGUUCAAGCUUGGCACAGCCACUUCAUAAGGCUUAGUGACCCAUGGAAGCUUUGGGGGAUCAGGACUUGAACUGUAGAGGGCUGAGCUACCAUUCCUGUGAAGAUCCAGCUACCUGGAAAAGGGUCUCUCCUUUGAGUGGAUGGUUCCCAGCUCUACUCACGUGUCCUGCUUCCUCCUCAGCCUUCCAAGAAUUCUGGAGCCUGCUGCUUUCCUUGCUGUAACACCUGAAUAAUCCCCUCUCUUUGCUUGACGUAGCUCCUGGAAGUAAAAGUGCUUUUUGUCAUCAGAUUCCUUGAGCUCUGAGCAGUAGCUCUUCGUUCUGGUUGGGCUCUGGUCAAACCCCUCUCAAAUGCACUGCCCUCUCUCCUUGUUUACUGCUCUGCUGAGGAGGAGGCAGCUGCCCAGGUGGUUACAAAAGCUGGUGGAAACCUCACUUCCUUGGUAUUAACUAAAGCUGUUACUGCUGUGGUGUUCACCAACGAUUGUCAUGCCUGGGCUUUCCCCUUAGGGUUGGGGACACGCAGCAGCGCUUGUAUUCUAAACUAAUAAAUAACUUAAUGACAUUG